AUGGUUGCUGGAAAGAGGUUGUGUAAAUCUGUCUUCACAAGAGCCUAUUCCAGUGAUCUCUGCAGGGCGUUCACAACAUGCGAGCUCAUCUUGAAGGAGAAUGGAGCCCUGAUUCCUCCUAUAAAGAUUGACACUAAGUUGCGGGAAAGAAACUUUGGGAGUGUCGAGGGUCUUCACAUAGAGGAAGUAAAAGCCCGUGCCGCAGCAGAAGGCUUUUCAUGGCCACACCACCUCCCUCCGGGGGCUGAGAGUUUGGGGGACUUGCAAGCGCGGAUGGUGGCUUUCUUUAAGGAAUUAUGUCAGUCAGUCUAUGACAAGAAUAAAUCUCAGGGAGAGAGUACCUCAGAUUUGCCUGCAGAAGAUGGUGACGAAGCAGAAGUUGCAGGUGAAAUGCAGUCACUUAUAGACUGCCCUCCAGUGGAGAAUAUACUUAUAGUGGGCCAUGGAGCAGCUCUGAAGCAACUCUACACCCACUUUCACACAACUCUGGGGUGUAAUUUGCCAAGCGAUCCCGACGUCCUGAAUUCCAUCUCACCAAAUACAGGGAUAUCAGAGUACUUAGUUCAAUAUUCUCCAAGGAAGUAUAUAAUGCACUGCCAACGAAUUCAUGAUGGAGAACACCUGAAGGAUCUCUAAUGAUGUUGGACUUAAGGAAUGUCUUAUUGCACGUGCAACAGUGGCCUUCAUCAGCUGCAAAUCUGGAAAAUGCCUUGCAAUCUUUGCACGUCUUAAUAUUGUCAGUAGUUGUUUGAUGGAAAGACUGUAGCUGAUGGAUGUGUAGGGGGAUUGCGAUGUUUGUGUUUUGAGUGAUGUAAUUGUAUUCAUUUCUUUUAUGUGAAUUUUAUUAGUAAUGGUGAUUAUUGUAACCAUGUAAAGAUUUUUUUUAUGGUAAUGACCAAGACAUUGGCUAUAGUUAUUAUUAUGAUCAUGAAAGAUUUGAUUGUCAUUAAUAAUAUUGAAUUUUUUUUUUUUUUUUUUUUUAAUCUCCAGUCUUUUCAGUUUUUAGCAUUCAGCUUUUUGUUUUCUUUUGAAAUAGUUUAUAUUUAAAUGAUUUCUCUAGCCUUUUCAGUAUUCAGUAUUUAUCUUUUUU